ACAUAUAAAUACCAUAACUUACUUAUCCCGAUACACUCACUUGCAACUCCUCUCACGUACAACACGAUUUACUUAAAAAAAUGUUUAGUUUACAAUAUAUUUUAUGCGCCUUAAUCCUCAUAUCAAAUUAUAUCCAAAUAGAAAGUGCAGGGCAAAAAGAGCAAAAGAAAAGAGACGCUAGCAUCGGCGUUGGUUACGGCCAUGGAAUCGGCAUCGGCCACGGCGGCGGUAUUGGAAUCAGCUCUGGAAUCGGUAUAUCAUCUGGCAUCGGCUAUGGCAGGGUAAUCGGCGGCGGCAUCGGCAGCGGCAUCGGCAGCGGCAUCGGCGGUAUCGGUGGUGGAAUCGGUGGACUUGGCGUAAGUUCCGGCGUAGGCAUCGGUGGCGGAAUAGGCCAGGCAGCCGCCCUUGCUGCCGCUGGCGUACCGACUCGCCACACGUACUCAGAGAUCAACAACGGUGUCGCUAUCCCCGUACCCCAGCCUGUACCAGUUGGUGUACCACGAGCGGUUCCUGUCGCAGUGCCAGUAGGAGUACCCGUGGAUAGACCGCGCCCAGUGCCUGUGUCGGUACCGCAACCCGUACCGCAUGUAGUUACGAGACCGGUAGCUGUACCAGUUGACCGACCUGUACCGUACCCGGUCGCUCAGCCUGUGCCGGUGACCGUGACUCAAGGUGUUGGUAUACCGGUACCGCAGCCCGUACCGGUUGGCGUUCCCGCUCCUGUGCCAGUCGGUGUUCCUCAACCUGUAGCCGUUCCCGUUGGAACUGUUGUAACGAGUGCUGGAGGUGCAGGCAUAGGUGGAGGGCUCGGAGGAGGUUCUAUUGUUGCAUCUGGUAUCGGCGGAGGUGCUGUAAUCGGAUCGGGCUAUGGCGGAGGCGCUGUAAUUGGUUCAGGUUACGGCGGAGGUGCUGUUAUUGGUUCAGGUUACGGCGGAGGGGCUGUUAUUGGUUCAGGUUACGGCGGAGGAGCCGUUAUCGGAUCAGGAUAUGGAGGAGGCGCAGUUAUUUCUUCUGGAUACGGAGGAGGCAUUAUUUCUAGUCACGGAGGUCACGGUUAUCUUGAAUCUCAUGGACAUAUUGUAGACCAUCAUUGAAGACUUUCAUUAAUUAGAAUUUUAAGUCCUUAAUAGAUUAAAUUGUACCAAAUGCUCAAUUAUUAUCAGUUUGGGUGAAAACCCCAACACAGUUAUAACCAGUACAGAUAUUUAACGGUGUUUUAUGGGCGGCUUUAAUAUAAGUUUACUUUUCUGUUCUUAGAAAUAAAUGUUUUAAGUCAA